CGCAGGUAUAGACGCCUCCAUGGUAACCACGACGCUGACGAUUUCAACAGAAUAUGUCUUCCAAAAAAGCACGUAAACCUUCCAAGUCUCAGAAACUGAAGCAGGAGCAAGAGGAGGAGGAGAGGAGGCUGCAAGAAGAAGAGGAGACCAGGCUCCAGGCAGAGAGAGAGGAGCAGGAAAGGCAGGAGAAGGAGAGGAAAGAGAAGGAGCGCGAAAGGCUAGAAUUGAAGGACAGGGAGUUCAGAGAAGUUGAACUGGACGAACUGCGCCAUCUGCUGGAGGACAAUCACAGUGCAAUAACCGAAUGGAAAGCUGAUGCAGCCGAGAAUGCCAAGUGGGAGAGGUACAUAAAGUGUGAUGGACACCCUGACCCUGCAGUACAGCAGGAUAUUAAUACCUUUAUAACCUUAUGGAGAGAUGACCCAGAGGUCAGGAUCAAACCCGUGCUCCAGCAAUGUCACCUCGCUCUACAGCUGGUGGAGGAGCUGGAGACCCUGCUCAAAGAUGCUGCCGACACCAGAGAAGCCAACAUCUACAAGGAAGCUCUGGUGACGAUGCAGGAGUUAAUCCACCGUAAACAUCUUCUAACUGCUGAGGAGAUCCUCAAGAGGGCCAACGAGGACACGGACACCGAAACAGGCAACAUGAAGACUGUGGUGAGAGAUGAGAACAUUACACUGUGUCUGUGGGCCAACCUGGAGAAGAACCCCAGGUUCAAAGGGUUAAACUUCGACGACACCGGGUUUGGAUUUGAGCUCCCGAAACAGUUGGCCGUCAGUGACGUCGCCGUACGGAUUCUCCACACUCGCUACGACCACCUGUCCCUGCUAGCCUGGAUGACUCACGCCAAAAUACACACAGCUAACCAAAGAACUCUUGCACCGACCGACAAGACUCCAGAGGACGAUCACGAUCCUGAAGGAGAGGAGAAGGCCAAGGACAAGGGGGAGGUAAAAGGUGACAAGAUGCUGCAGCAAAGAGUGGAUGAAGAGAUGAAGUCGCUCCGAGGGUUGGAAGGAACGAAGAGUGCAGUCAGGAAGAACAGUGCUCAGCCUCCAGAGGGCAGAAGAAGCCACAUACAGACACAGAUGGAGGCUCUCUCUGCGGAGGUUGUGUUAACGUCACCAGCAGAGGAGCUCACGGCCGCGGACCAAACUGACCGAGUCCUAGUGGUCGACUUGAUGGAAUACACACCUCUGGGGGGCGUCUUCUACUUCGACGUGUUCCAUCUUCCUCCACAGGCUCGUCGCGUGAAUGAGUGGGAGAUCAGACAGCUGCUGGACACUGGGUUACAAAUGUUUUGUUACCCUACGGGAAAAACUAGCUCACCUGAAAAUGAGGCCCACACCUGCCCCCCUGUUGGAGUGUCUGUGAGACUGCCCGACUGUGUUGUCUUUCUGGAACCUCCCCUAGUGGCUCGCUGGGACACUGCAGAUAAGCAGUGGAGGACGGACGGAAUCACCGACGUGUCCUACAGCCAGGAGGAGGACAAUGUCUCCUUCAAAAUGGACUCCUUCCAUGCUUUCGUGUUGAUGCAGGAGACGUACAUCAACCUCCCUCUGCAGAGGUGGGAACUCAGACCACUGGGCCGAGACUCUGCUGUUUUCACCUUUAAUGGAGCCUUCAUCACCCUCAUCAUCACCGUUCAGGGCGAUCGCUGUAUGCUGCAGUCAGACGAUCACAGGGGUCUUUCCCACAUCCUGGGACAGUGGCUGAGCAGUGCUGUGCUGCAGAGAGCCAUGAUCAAGGCUGGAGUCAACGUCUUUGUCAAUGAGUUCACCGACAGAUACGUCAGCAGCUGCGGGAAGGACCCACUCACAGAGCACGCUGCCUACGAACAGAUGGCCCUCGUCGCCUCUGCCUGCGCUUUCUCGUGGAGCAAAUGGAACACGAAAUGUAGUGCUGAGCAUCUGAUGGUGCAGGCGUGCGAGCACCACGGUCCUGGUCCCGUCUCCAAGGACUCGUGGCACCUCUACCUGCUGGGCGCUCAGAUGAGUCAGAAACUGGAGAUGAGAGAGAACGGUCAGACUCUGUCUCUAGACCAUCAUCCUGGCAGCGAGUUUCACUCCACCUUCAUCCACAUGCUGCAGGAGGACAUGAGUGACGACGGCAGAGCCCGGAGCAGAGACUCGAGUUUUCUGUUCGUCAACACGGUGCAGAGUCUGCUCUGUGCCACCAGGCCUCUGAUGUUCUCUUAGACCCGUCUGUAAACUCGUAACAAUUUGGUCAAAUGAUCGAGUUAAAAACCAACGUCCCAUUUUUAAAAAGGUCUUCUAUUUUAUUUGUGCAAAACCUCACGUGGUCUUCAGAACAAAUACAAAAAGUGUGUGUGGUUGAAAAACAGUCGCCACCUCAGUAAGGACGGAAGAGAAACAAAAGAAAAAAAAAAAAACUUUGGUGACAGACG